GGGUCACGAGGGAUCACUUCCGGUGCGGCGGCGCGGCGUUCCCGGAGAAGCUGGUGCUGGAGAGUGGUGAAUCUCGAGGCGCCUGGCAGUGGUGCCUUGGGCCAUGGCCUCCGACCUGGGCUUCUCACCUCCCGAGGUGCCUGAGCCCACCUUCUUGGAGAACCUCCUGCGGUAUGGACUCUUCCUGGGAGCCAUCUUCCAGCUCAUCUGUGUCCUGGCCAUCAUCGUACCCAUUCCCAAGUCCCACGAGGCGGAGGCAGAACAGUCUGAGCCCAGAAGUGCAGAGGGGCCGAAGAAGCCCAAGGCUGCCAUUGCUUCCACCAACAAGAGGCCGAAGAAGGAGACGAAGAAGAAGCGAUAGAAUCCGAGGCCGAGGAGCCCAAAGCUGCAGCCUUGGGGACAGCCCUCCUGGGAACCAGCAUCCUGUUUGCUCUCACAGACUGUCUCUGUCCUUGGCUCAGAGUCUGAGAGGAUUGAAACUCCCUCUGACUACAGAGCUCUGAACAGUCCCUAGGCUCCAGCUGUGCAGACCACCACUUCCUCUUCUUUCUCUCUGUGGUGCACAGGAGAUUCUCAAGAGCAAACACUGCCCCGAGGGUUCCGAGGGUUCCGUAGUCAGGUCAGGCUCACAGGGCAUUAGUCCUGGAGUCCAGUGGGCUCGAGACCUGAGCCUCACUACAGCAUGGAAUUGUUGCCUAAGGCUGCAGGCAUACCCUCUCCCUGUGCUUGGGCCACAUUUGUCUUUUGUGAGCACAGAACUUCACACGAGUUCAGGUUGGGAUGCAUGGCCGGGCAGUGUGAGCCAGCCGGUCCUGAAGAUGUUGGGGGUUGGGGGGUGAGGGGGGCAGACAGUAGAAGGCCUGGGCCCAGUGGCGCCUGCAGGGGAAGGUACAGCUGAAUGAGGCCAGAUUUCCUGGGCACAGCCUUUCUAAGCCUUUGAAGCAGGCUUGUCCCUUUCACACCGACCUCCUUUUAACCCAGUUAACAUUCAAAGUGCCUUUGACUUCAACCAGUCCUCCCCACAUCUCGCAUUCCCUGACCAGUGAAGGAAAAUGAUGUGGAGAAGUCAAAGUAAAUAAAGUGUCCUGCAUGCUGA